AUGCUGGUGGAGCACGCCUCCCUGAAGGGGGUCCGCAGCCACACUGUGGUGGACCUGAUCCUGGACCAGGCCGUACGCUGGCAACUCCUCCUCAUCACCUUCACCACCCUGCAGUUCUGUGGCAUUAAUGCUGUGAGUUGAUGGUUGAAGUCGAUCCAUGAGAUCAGUGUGUUUAGAGUUAGAGUGAGCAAAAGGGUAUACAAAUGUAGAAUGGCAUGGUUAUGUCACUUUCUGAUCAAAACCUACCUAGAGUCUUACGUUCAUUCAGUUAGAUACAGUAUGUCUGAUUGACUGAGUGAUGAACUCUGUCAUUCUGCUCCUCUUCACGUGUGCCUUUACUCAUUUGACAUGUUCCGUACGGCAGGGAUCCCCACCCACCAGUUGCGCCAUGUUGCCUUGGGAACCGGUCUGUGUGAGAUUUCCACCUCUGUGGCCUGUGUGAGUCCUAUUUCACCAUAUCUCUCAAUAAACCUAAUUAACCCUAUAUUAACAUUGAGGAACUGUGAACCCUGCGAAAUGAAAAUGACCAUGCCUCAUGUUUUGGUUGACCUUUAAAUGGAGGGGUUUGUCAACAGCACAAACCCCUCAAGCCUGUAAUUACAGUGCGUUCAGAAAGUAUUCACACCCCUAGACUUUUUCCACAUUUAGUGCACACAAUACCACAUAAUGUCAAAGUGGAAUUAUGUUUUUAGAAAUGUUUACAAAUUAAUAAAAAAUGAAAAGCUGAAAUGUCUUGAGUCAAUAAGUAUUCAACCCCUUUGUUAUGGCAAGCCUAAAUAAGUUCAGGAUACAAUUAUCUGUAAGGUCCCUCAGUCGAGCUGUCACACCCUGGCUCUGGGGACUCUAUAUGUUGAGCCAGGGUGUGUAGAUUCUAUGGUUUUGUGUUCUAUGUUGUAGUUCUAGUUGUUGUAUUUCUAUGUUGGCCAGAGUGGUUCUCAAUCAGAGGCAACGAGUGUCAGCUGUUGCUGGUUGUCUCUGAUUGGGAACCACAUUUAAACAGGCUGUUUUCCCACAGUAGUUGUGGGAUCUUGUUCCUUUUGGUUUGUUCCGUGUUGGUUGUUUAACCUAGGACGUCACGUUAUUCGUUUAUUGUUUUGUUCGCGUUAUCACUUUUGAUAAUAAAGUAUGUUCGCAUUUCACGCUGCACCUUGGUCCUCUUCCUUCGACGAUCGUGACACGAGCAGUGAUUUUCAAACACAGAUUUAACCACAAAGACCAGGGAGGUUUUCCAAUGCCUAGCAAAGAAGGGUACCGAGAGCAAGGAAACCGGUCAGGCCAAUGGUGACUUUAAAAGUUAGAGUUUAAUGGCUGUGGUAGGAGAACUGAGGAUGGAUCACCAACAUUGUAGGUUCUCCACAAUACUAACCUAAAUGACAGAGUGGAAUUAAGGAAGCCUGUACAGAAUAAAGAUAUUCCAAAACAUGCAUCCUCUUUGCAAUAAGGCACUAAAGUAAAACUGCAAAAAAUGUGGCAAAGAAAUUAACUUUAUGUCCUGAAUACAAAAAAUUAUGUUUUGGGCAAAUCCAACACAACACAUCACUGAGUACCACUCUUCAUAUUUUCAAGCAUGGUGGUGGCUGCAUCAUGUUAUGGGUAUGCUUGUCAUUGGCAAGGACUAGGGAGUGUUUUCUGAUAAAAAUAAACGGAAUAGAGCUAAGCACAGGCAAAAUCCUAGAGGAAAACCUGGUUCAGUCUGCAGUCCAACGACACUGUGAGACUAAACUGCCAUUCAGCAGGACAAUAACCUAAAACACAAGGCCAAAUAUACACUGGAGUUGCUUACCAAGACAACAUUGAAUGUUCCUGAGUGGCUUAGUUACAGUUUGACUUAAAUCGGCUUGAAAAUCUAUGACAAGACUUGAAAAUGUAUGCAAAGCGCUUAGGUAUUUACUCAGGAUAAGUUUGGUGAAUUUUGGCCCAUUCCUCCUGACAGAGCUUGUGUAACUGAGUCAGGUUUGUAGGCCUCCUUGCUCGCACACGCUUUUUCAGUUCUGCCCACACAUUUUCUAUAGGAUUGAGGUCAGGGCUUUGUGAUGGCCACUCCAAUACCUUGACUUUGUUGUCCUUAAGCCAUUUUGCCACAACUUUGGAAGUAUGCUUGGGGUCAUUGUCCAUCUGCAAGACCCAUUUGCGACCAAGCUUUAAUUUCCUGACUGAUGUCUUGAGAUGUUGCUUCAAUAUAUCCACAUAAUUUUCCUUCCUCAUGAUGCCAUCUAUUUUGUGAAGUGCACCAGUCCCUUCUGCAGCAAAGCACACCCACAGCAUGAUGCUGCCACCCACGUGCUUCACGGUUGGGAUGUUGUUCUUCGGCUUGCAAGGUCCCCCUUUUUCCUCCAAACAUAACGAUGGUCAUUAUGGCCAAACAGUUAUAUUUUUGUUUUAUCAGACCAGAGGACAUUUCUCCAAAAAGUAAGAUCUUUGUCCCCAUGUGCAGUUGCAAACCGUAGUCUGGCUUUUUUAUGGCGGUUUUGGAGCAGUGGCUUCUUCCUUGCUGAGCGGACUUUCAGGUUUUGUCGAUAUAGGACUCGUUUUACUGUGGAUAUAGAUACUUUUGUACCUGUUUCCUCCAGCAUCUUCACAAGGUCCUUUGCUGUUGUUCUGGGAUUGAUUUGCACUUUUCGCACCAAAGUACGUUCAUCUCUAGGAGACAGAACGCGUCUCCUUCCUGAGCGGUAUGACGGCUGCAUUGUCCCAUGGUGUUUAUACUUGCGUACUAUUUCUUGUACAGAUGAACGUGGUACCUUCAGGCGUUUGGAAAUUGCUCCCAAGGAUGAACCAGACUUGUGGAGGUCUACAAUUUUUUUUGGGAGGUCUUGGCUGAUUUCUUUUGAUUUUCCCAUGAUGUCAAGCAAAUAGGCACUGAGUUUGAAGGUAGGCCUUGAAAUACAUCCACAGGUACACCUCCAAUUGACUCAAAUGAUGUCAAUUAGCCCAUCACAAGCUUCUAAAGUCAUGACAUCAUUUUCUGGAAUUUUCCAAGUUGUUUAAAAGCACAGUCAACUUAGUGUAUUUAAACUUCUGACCCACUGGAAUUGUGAUACAGUGAAUUAUAAAUGAAAUAAUCUGUCUGUAAACAAUUGUUGGAAAAAUUACAUACUUACUUAACCGACUUGCCAAAACUAUAGUUUGUUAACAAGACAUUUGUGGAGUGGUUGAAAAAUGAGUUUUAAUGACUCCAACCUAAGUGUAUGUAAACUUCCGACUUCAACUGUCUCUGCCAUUUUAAUGCACGUUCGCCAUUGAUAGCACAGGAAAAAGCCUGCUCCUCUACAGGGAUUACCUAUGCAUGGCAGUUACCCUGGGUCUCCUGGGUCACUCUACCUGCAGGUGAGUCACACUUUAUAAGCAACACACUGCUCUGUCAUCAACUACAUAGUUUGUGGGUGACAUCUUUUCCAUGAAUGGAACAAUGCUCAUUAUGAAUGAAUAAAUGUCAUUCAUUCUUAAUGUCACAGAAUGUCCUUAUAUAUUAUCACUGGGUUACAUCAAUCUUUUACAAUGGGUGGCAACAUCAGUGGUUCAUCAAUAAGCCACACCGUUUGUUGUUAUUUGUUGUUCAGAUCCAAGUCUCCUGGAUGCCUUACUGCAGUAUAGUUCUCAUCUUCACCUUCUUCUUCUCCAGUGGACCAGGUGGGUCCUAUAACCUGACGUAGAACUAAACCAAGCUAAAAACAAAUCAACUUAUUUAGCUGGUAUUUUCAUUGUUUAUUGCUCCUAGCUGGAGUGACAGCACCUCUGCCUGGUGAAAUCUUCAACCAGUCGUUCAAAUCAGCAGCCUUCACCAUCGGUUGCACCCUCAACUGGCUGGGGCUGCUCUUCCACCUCAUAGCGGUGAGCACAUCAACCUCUCUCUCAUACCUUGUCACAUACACAAACAGGUAUAACAGUUGUACUGUAACUAUUAUGUGACAGUGAGUACCUAGAUUGUAAUUACACGGUUAUUACAUAGGUAUUGGGACUCUUAUUUGUUAAGUGGGAACGUGGCAGCUGAUAUCACACACAUACACACAUGCAAUCACAGUAUGUUUAUACACGGGAGAAGUUGGACUACUUCUGUUUCCUGUCAGGGUUGUUUGUGUGGUACAAAGUGCUUGAGACCAAGAACCACACCAUCAUGGAGAUCACUGUCGAGAUUCAGAGGAUGCAUCCCAGCAGGGGAUCCUCA